AUGAAUGCGUGGGAUAUAAUUUUGGUAUUCUAUUAAAUUAAUCAUGACUGAAAUAAACCAAUCCUUUUGGUGACUACAAUAGUUUAUGAGAGGCAAUUAUUGAAAGAAAAAUUUAAUAAAAGUGUCGUGUAAAGUUUGGAUAGUAUCUGCAUCUGACACUUAUCUCUUUACAACAAAUGCAGCAUGUAUGACUGCCCUUGGAAUGGAAAGUCAGACAAUAGAAGAUGCUCAGAUAAGUGCUUCCUCGCAACUGGAUGGAAACCAGUCUGCAAUACAAGGUAGACUACACCUUACGAGAAAUGGUCAAAAGCAAGGUGGCUGGACGGCUCUCACAGAUGAUCGUAAUCAGUGGCUACAAGUGGAUCUUAAUACUUUUGCGCGGGUGACGGUAAUAGCGACUCAGGGAAGAAACGGAUUCAAAGAAUGGGUAACCAAAUACAAAUUGCAAUAUAGCGAUGAUGGUGUGACCUUCACUUUCUACAAGGAAUCUGACAGCAGCUCAGAAAAGGUGUGUAAAAAUUUCACAGGUAAAACCUCACUUGAGAGGCCUAACCUAUAGGCUAUUUUUCACAAAGAAAUAAAUCAUUAUAAAGCAAAUUAUUUAAAAUAGAUUACUACCAUGGACCUCAUUUUAGUUCAUGAACGUAUUAGGGAUUUCUUCCGUUACCUAAUACAUUCUGCACUACAAAUGUGAAUGAAAUAUCAACUAUGACGAAUCUUGAAAGUAGAAACAGAUGAGAGUGUCCUGAAACAAUGUUUAAAUCUUAGAAUACUUCUCUAAAAUCUACAUUCAUUAUACUCAGGUCUUUGAUGGAAACCGAGAUUCAGAUACUGUCGUAUACAACAAACUAACUUCGCCAAUAACAGCUCGGUAUAUACGGCUGAUACCAAUGACGUGGAAUAACCACAUCUCGAUGAGGAUGGAGUUAUAUGGCUGUCCAGGUAUUUCGCAAUCUUUAAACUAGUGACUAUGCCAAUAUUCUCGAACGUAAUUGGUUAUCAACAGACUGAUAAAAGCACUAAGAAAGCAGUUUAGACGUCAUGAUUGUAACUGGACGGUCUAAAAAGCCUUUUCGGUGUCCAAAUGUGUAACUUGACAGUAAAAGUCAUUCAAGUGUGCCACCAUAUCGACGCUUGGGCCACUUACUCAUGAAAAAAUAUGUAUUGUUAUGUUUUUACUCAUAAAUACAUUUAACCGAUAAUUAUUUAGUUCCUCAAAUUUUGCUACAGUUUUGAUGAAUGGGUUACCGACGUUUCUGUCUAUAAUCAUACUCCUGAUUCAGAGCUUGUAUUGUAACAGAACGAAUUGAAUCCAGCCGCUGUCGAUCCUUUUACCUUUAGUCGAAAAACAGUCUCCUAAACACAUCGUUUUCGUUAAUCUAGGCUGUAUGUCCCCGUAUGGCAUGGAAAAUCGCAAAAUUUCGGAUUCUCAAAUUAAGUCGUCAACACAGCUGGAUGAAAAUCACUCUGCAAAGCAUUCCAGGUUACAUUCAAAGGCAAAUAGAGAAAACGGAGGAAGCUGGUCAGCGCUUAAAAAUGACGUAACCCAAUGGCUUCAGGUGGAUCUUGGUAGUUACAUAAGGGUGACGGGCAUUGCUACGCAGGGAAGGAAUGGGCGUGACGAGUGGGUGACCAAGUUCAGACUGCAAUACGGUGAAAAUGAGGACAUCUUUCAUUUCUUUGAGGAUCCAGGACAUUUUACUGCGCAGGUUUGUAUCAUGAUGCAGUUUUCCCAGAUUUCAGUUAUAGAACGUCGACACUAACACAUUAGGCAAUAAAAUGUAAAAAAUAAAACUUCGUUCUGUCCCAAUAAGCAAAGUCUCUCCAGUCUAUUUCAAUAUUCCCCUAUCAACUUUGAAGGAAUCAACAUAUACAAUUUUCGGUAGUAUAGCCACCAAAUUUUGUUUCCUUAUAACUUGCACGUGUUGGGAAUGAAAAUCUCAGAUCACAUAUAUUUGUCGAAAUGUUACCAUACAAAACUUCAAGAGCUCAUCCUUCGCGCGUUCAGUUCAGGGAAGAUGUGGAUUAGACUGGCUAAAACAUUUGUAGUCAUGGAGAUCGACGUUCAUCCAACUGAUGAUUGACACGCCUAAUCAGAAUGUUGCUAAUUUCAAACGAACUGUAAGAAACUAGAACAGUGGAAUUUUGUACGUAGGCGUUAAGAAAAAUCAAUUCCAAAAAAGUUUGAGUAAUCAUCUAAGGUAUUUCGCGUUUUUCUAUCAAGGUUUUUAAUGGAAAUACAGACAGUGACACUGUCGUGUACAACACACUGACUCCACCAAUUAUAACGCGUUACAUUCGAUUCAAACCCGCUGAGUGGCACAAUCGAAUAUCAAUGAGGAUCGAGAUCUAUGGCUGUCCAGGUAUCUAGUAAGAAUAAUCUUAUUUACUUGAAGGAGACGUAUUAAAUGUUAACGUUUGACUUUCUUUUUGAGCUGCUGUACAGAUAACAAAUUCCAUCACUUUUCCCCGAUGUUAAUCAUUUUGUAAAGGCUAUCUGUGGUAUGCUGCCUGUUGUGAAUGACAAUAUCUUUAACUAUGAUUCUUAUUACAGGUGUAGGUAGCCAUUAUCAAUCAAACAAUGGCAUCUGUGAAAAAUUGUCACCUUUCUUUUUCUGUCAAACUAAGGUUGCAUAAAUCCUCUUGGAAUGGCACUUGGAUCCAUAUCCGAUACUCAGAUAACAGCAUCAUCACAACUGGAUGACAAUCACUCCGCAUCACAGGCUAGGUUACAUUUCCAAGCGGAUGGUGACAAAGUUGGGGGUUGGUCAGCUCUCACAAAUGAUCAGAACCAAUGGCUUCAAGUGGAUUUUGGUAGUUACACAAAAGUGACGCGCUUGGCGACUCAGGGGACGAAUGGUUCCGAUCAAUGGGUGACUAGAUAUAUGUUACAGUAUAGUGAUGAUGGAAUAACAUUCCACCUCUACAAGGAAGCUAGAUCCAGCUCUGCGAAGGUACCAGAUAUCCUAAACUUUCAUUUUCUCUGCUAAGUUGCAGACUUUUGUCAACAGAUAUCGUGCAUAUAACGUUCCCUGCUGCUUCAUGAAAGAGUGUAAAGCUGACAAAAAGAAGAAAACGAAACCUGGUUGAGAAAUGAAGUUCAUCCAUCCAUUCAUCUUUCCCUCCCUCUCUUCUUCCCUCCAUCCGUUCAUAAAUGCCUCCAUUCACUAAUCCGUCCAAAAAUCCAUCCAUUAAUUAUUUUAUUCAUUCACCAAUUUAUCCAUGCAGUCGCUCAAUCCAUCUAUCUUUCCAUCCACUCAUUCUUCCAUCCACUUAUUUAUUCAUCCACUACGCUUUUUGUUCCUAUAGUUCUAACCUGAUUAUUGCGUCUCAGUCAAUUAUGGAACCAUGCCAUGAUAAUUGUGGCAUGGUAUGGGAUAACGUCUGUGGUCACUUCACAGAGAAACUUUAUGUAUGACCCCGGCUUAGUUAGAAGAUAUCUUUUCGAGUAGUAUUUGGGAAAUCAGUGUUUAAUCUAAGAACCUUCGGUAGAAAUCUAGCUUUAUCGGUUGUUAAAACAGACUACUAGCGGAACAGUUCUGCUUACAUUAGGACAAAAGUUUGGAAUGCGUCCUCAAACGAAGUUAAACAUGAAAAAUACAUUUAAGCUUUUAAGAAAAAAAUUAGAUUCUCUCAAUCUCUCUAUUUAUUUUUAGUGAAACGCUUUAUUUGUAAGAUGGUGUCUUAACUCUUUCUAUAGAAAAUUAAAACUAUCAUUUACAUUUACCAAUGUAAAUUUCUUAAUGGUUUAAAAGCUUAGUCGUAAUUUUGUAGUUCAUGGCUUUUGGGAAGAACAAAAGUGCAGCAUAUUGUAAACUUUGAUCAAAAUUACUUGGUUAAAUAAGGUUUUCUAUUUAUCUCUCUAUCUAAUCCUCCAACCAUUAAUCCAUUCCAUACUAUCGCUCGAUUCAUCCAUCUCUACAUCCUUCCAUUAUUUCCCUUAUCCAUCCUUCUAUCCAUCCAUCCUUACCAUCCAUUCGCUCAAUCCACCGAUCCACCGUCCAUAUUUCGUUCCAUCUCACUAUUCACCCAUCAGAACUCAUACAUUUAUCUGCUCAUCAGUAAGUAAACCAGUAACACCUCAAGUCUGCAUAAAAUCUGUCGGUUGAACAAACUUAAGCAGCGAUAAGAAAUUUACCCAAAUUCUUUAUUCUUUUGUCUAUUUUUUAGGUGUUCAAUGGAAAUCAAGACCAAAACACUGUUGUUUAUAAUAUAUUGAGCCCACCAAUAACCACUCGUUACAUUCGACUGAAACCGCUGGCCUGGAACGACCGGAUAUCAAUGAGAAUGGAGAUUUACGGAUGCCCAGGUACACCUCUUGCUGGCAAUAUCCCGACACAGUUGACGCGGUAGAAUCGUUUUAAUAAAACCUUAAAAGGAACUGAAACUUUAAAUAUCAAUCAUGGACUUUCAAUAAAACUCUUUGAUAACUAAAAAAACAUCGUGGGGGCCGGAUGAGAAACGUUCCGAUUUAUUAAAUGUUUAAAAUUUAAGGUUAGAGAACAAACGUAUCAUGCUCCGAUGAAACGAAGACUUUAACUGUUCGUAAAAAGAUACACCUUUCACUUUCUUGUCCUAUUUCAAUACAAACAGGUUGUGCUGCGCCACUUGGCAUGGAUAGCGGGGCAAUCACCGAUGCACAGAUAAGUGCUUCUUCACAGUGGGAUGGCAAUCAUGGGGCCAGGCAAGGAAGGUUACAUUAUAAGAAAGUUCCGGGAACCUCCGGAAGUUGGUCAUCACGUGCAAAUGAUUUAAACCAGUGGUUUCAAGUGGAUCUUGGUCAAUACACUACAGUGACUGGUAUAGCGACUCAAGGCCGACAACGCAUUGACCAAUAUGUGACAGCAUAUAAGUUGCAGUAUAGUGACGAUGGAGUAACGUUUCAGUUUUAUAAGGCUUCGCCACUCGAAGCUGAAAAGGUACACCUUACUAGUUUUAUUGUUCCUAUUUUUUAGACAUCAUUAGUGAUCUGGAGCAAACAUAAAAUCUAAAAAUUAUAGGAGACAAUAAGACAAAGUAACCCCAAAUCGGAAAGCAAUAUUCCGUCUCCCCAACAGCUUUAUUGUUUGGGAGUGUAUGAAACCUUCAUCGAUGUUCUGAUCAAAAGCUCACUUUCCACUUGUCUUGAUAAUUUUACAUAGGUCUUUCGUGGAAAUAGUGACAGAGAGACCGUCGUUUAUCACGAAAUACGCAAACCAAUCAGAGCACGCUACAUACGAAUCAGACCGGUGAGUUGGUACCGACACAUAUCCAUGAGGGCUGAGAUCUAUGGCUGUCCAGGUAACUUCCAUUCUCCUCAUAUUUUUCAUUGUUUAUAAUCUUAAUUACCUUUAUUCUCAUCACUGUCAUAUUUUAUUAUCAUUAACAUUUACUUUUUAAAUUAUUAUCAUCACUCUGAUCACCAUUAUUACCUCUAUCGCUAUAGUCAUUGAAAUUAGCGUUAUCGUAAUUAUUAUUAUAAGGUUAUGUAUUUGUUUUCAUUUGUCUUACACGUAUCUGUACAAGCAAAAAACACAUUUGCAACUGCAAAUCACUAAAGCGUUAUUAAUUACCUGCUUAAUGAUGGAAGUAAAGUCACAAAACCAGCCCCUGGCGUGGAAAAAUUCGCGGAAAAAUUUGUGACCUGCUAUCAUCGUAACGUUGAUAAGGAUAAUUUAACCAUCCUACUUUUCAAAGUUUGUUGAGGUGAUUAAGUUUCCUUUCACAACUCACGUUGUUUCUUAACUAAGUAUUUAACUUGGAAGUCCUCGUUGUGCAAUAGUUUCCUUAGAAAUAAACUACCUUCUAAAGGUAUGACCUCAACUUUGAAUUUGAAGGGCUAUGUGGGAAGUAUGGCAUAGAUAAAUAAGUUAAAAGCGAUUCCAAAUGUUAACACUUAAUUGUACGGAUUACAAGAUAGUGAAAAGUUUCAACCUUUCUGUGACUACAUCUGCGUGUUUCUUUCGACUUAUCCAGGCUGUGUGUCCCCCCUCGGCAUGGAAAGUAAAUCAAUCUCUGAUGCGCAAAUAUCUGCCUCGUCACAACUGAAUAAUGAUCGGGCUCCAUCGCAGGCCAGGUUGCACAUUCAAGCAGCCACUGAUGGUAAAAAUAGGGGGUGGUCUGCUCGCAAGAACGAUCUUUAUCAAUGGUUACAGGUGGACCUUGGAAGUAAAGCAAUUGUGACGCGUGUAGCAACACAGGGUAUAGAUGGCCUCGACGAGUGGGUGACAAAAUACAGAAUACAAUUUAGCUAUUCUGGGAUAAAUUUCCGAUUUUACAAGAAAGCAGAACACAGUUCUGCAGAGGUAUGCCCUCAGCGCUGCAUUCUAACUAUGGAGCCAGAAUAACCUGCCAGUAAAUUAAUGUUUAUCGUAAACCGUGAUUGUAUGAAAAAUAUUAUGCCUAUGGACGUGAAUGAGGAAACGUUCAGCCCAGUUUUGGUAAUUGUGUAGUGUAAAUGACUGGUUGGGGGAAGGCAAGUGGCUUGAUACGUGGUUAGGCGGAUAAGUAAGUUUUUGGGCAAUUGUGAGAAAAUAAAGCAAACUGGAUGUUAAUUACGUUGUUUAUUAAAACUUGCUUUUGAAGGUUUUCGAUGGAAAUGAAGACAGUUCCACAGUUGUAGUCAAAAGACUGAGCGAGCCAAUCAGAGCACGUUUCGUCCGAUUAUUGCCAAUAGAGUGGCAUAAACACAUAUCAAUGAGAAUUGAGAUUUACGGAUGCCCAGGUAGAGUCCAUCAUUUCGAACGACUUCUGUCUUUCAUGGUUGAAAAGUAUCUUCUUCAAUAAUAUGACUACGGACAUUUUGAAAAACGGGUUUACAAAAAUCUUAGCAGUGGCUUGUGGUAAGGGUCUUCAUCUUAGUUCAAUUAAUCAAUAAAAAAGAUGCAGCUUCAGAUGAAUCAAGUCAACCGCGUGAUCAUUCCCAUCCACGGAUAAGUUUUUGUUUUUUCCUGAUUACGAAAAAGGUCACAGCAAUACUUGUCUGCUAAGUUGGAAAAAAAUUAAAUUCGACCAGUGUCAGUGUUUAUUAUGGGUAGCUAUUUAAAUUAGAUCUGACCAUUCCCUCAAAGGAAACUACAUUUUCUUCCUGAUUCUUGAUUUACAUCUUGUAGACUGCAACACACCUCUUGGGAUGGAAAGCGGAAAUAUCGCUGACUCAAAGAUAACUACAUCCUCGAUUUUGGAUGAAAAAAGCCCUGCAAGUCAGGCAAGGUUAAAUUAUAAAGCGGACGGUGGCUUUGGGGGAGGUUGGUCAUCUCUCGCAAAUGAUGCUAACCAAUGGCUUCAAGUAGAUCUUGGUACUUACACACGUGUGACACGUUUGGCCACUCAAGGAAGGAAUGGGCACGAUCAGUGGAUGACCAAGUAUAAGGUGGAGUACGGUGAGGAUGGCCAGAGCUUCCAGGUGUACAAACUAUCAAAUGCCAGCGUCGCGAGGGUAUGUUAAAUCAUUUUAAGACUACUCGCUUGCAAAGUAAGAAAGGUGGUCCUCCUGAUAACUUUAGUGGCUGAGCCUUGAAAAAAGUGCACCUUGGGGAAACGAAUAUUGUGCUGGUUUUCCUUACCGUGACAAAAAUGGAUGAGAUAAACUCAGCUCCAUAAUCAAACUGUUUAUAAUUCAUAUUAAGAACACUCCUUUCGUGUGACAAAUUUUUCAUCUAGUUUAAACAUGGGAUAGAAAUUUUUCGCAUGCAAGAUAACAACAGUUUUCCUUGUCAUUGUCUUAAAGGUUUUCACUGGAAAUCAAAACAGCGAGGCAGUGGUUCACAACAGUUUAAGCCCACCAAUCACAACAAGGUUUAUACGGCUUAUACCGGUGGAGUGGCACAAUCAUAUCUCAAUGAGGAUAGAGAUCUAUGGCUGUCCAGGUGCUAUAAAGGAACAGUUAUAAUUAAUCAUUCUAAAAAUAAGGUUAUUUGACAAAAAAACGCCAUAAAUUUUACAGAUAUGGUCCCUUACGUGAUGAAAUGAAGCAAUCCAAGCAGUUUAACCAAUUAAGCAGAAUCUUAUUGUUGGAAGGUUAUUCGAAUGUGUUUAUUAUAAAUUACUUUUUCAAACAAAAUAUAUUUUUUCAAACACAGGAUGUGCUGCAGCACUUGGUGUGGAGAAUAAAGAAAUAUCUGAUGCCAACCUAAGGGCAUCCUCCCAAAUGGAUGAGGAUCAUGGCGCAAAGGAGGCAAGGUUAAAUUCGAAAGCAGACGGGAACAAGGGAGGGGGGUGGUCAGCCAUGAGCAAUAACUUCAAUCAGUGGCUUCAAGUGGAUAUCGGUGAUAACUCUCGAGUGACAGGUGUUGCGACUCAGGGGAUGAAUGGGAACGACCAGUGGGUGUCCAGAUACCGCAUACAGUAUAGCAGUGACGGAGUGACUUUUGAAUUUUAUAAUGCAACGGAAGACAGUUCAGCAAAGGUAUGAUUACUGCUGAAGAGAGUAGAGAGGUUAGCCGCUUGACCCCAUUUUCACUUAAGUUCUUAUUUUGUGUAUGGCAGUUAAUUGUAGGCCAUGCAAUGCUAAACCAAACGUAAGAUUUCUUCUUUGAGCCUUAUGCACCAGAACGUUACCCAGCAAACUGACCAUUUUUGGCUUCCGUUUUAAGUCUUUACUGUCUCAACAUCAGGUAUUUUAUGGAAAUCAGGACAGUAACACAAUUGUAAAAAAUGUACUCAGUCCACCAAUAACAGCACGUUACAUUCGCCUGAUGCCUGUUGAGUGGCACAAUCACAUAUCGCUGAGGGUGGAAAUCUACGGCUGCUCAGGUAUAGUAACCACUUCUGCUCAUAGAGACACAUUGGGUGCCAUACCUGAUAGAGCGUGCUAUAGCUAUUUAGUCUGGUAGUCAGUUUCAAAAUGCGCUCAAUUUCAUAAAGGUACUUGAAGUUGCUGGAGUUCAAAUCCAACGGGCGGGAAGCACGUGAUCGAUUUAAAAUCACUGAUUAUGAUUUUAGAUCAAAAUUACAUUACACGACAGUUAACUGUUCCUCUUUUACAUUUCUUACAUCAUUGUUUAUUUACACAAUUUGAUUUGUUGCAGUCCACAAUUGCAAGCCUUGACAGACUAGUUUUUCUGUUUUAGUUUUUUAUCAAAGGAAAAAUAUAGUGUGAACCUUGUCUACACGAUACUGCUGAGAGCCAGUCAGUGUCCAAGGAUCGCUGGUGAUUCAAAAACAGGAUAUAAUAACAAUCAAAACGCAUCUCAUUCCUCCCUUUCAUAUAUAUUUGUUUUCUCGAGUUAGUCUUCAUUUCAUUAGGUUCCCCCGGCGUCGUGCUGUUACGGCGAGUUCUUGUGCAUAUUUCGAUUCGAAAGAUUCGAUUCGAAGAAAACCAGAAACCGGAAUUUGAAACUUUAUUUGACCUCCUAGUGUUUACCGGUUCGCCAACUGUACCACCGUCAGAAAUGACGACAGAAGCUAACACAGACAAAGAACGGGGAAUACUCGGAGCGCAACAAGGAAACAGGAAAACAGAAGGUGCUGCUGAAACGUUUUUCUAAUCAUUGUGUUGUCUCGUCAUCCAACGUGUUGAAAGAACCAAGCACGUCGCUUAUGGCGACCCAACAACCACCGCACUGGGCGAUGGGCAGCAUAAUUAAUAUUUCUUUCACCUAGUCUUGUUCAGGGGUUUACCAAUUUAAUCAUCAUCGUGUUAUGUUUUUUAAGUUGAUUUAAGUUUAUUGAAAAAAAGGAUUGGACUUAUGUAGAACAAGGCAGCAAAGGAUCUAGUUGACUGUGAUUGCACGAAGAGCAUGGUUAAGCUAAGUUGGCAUUGAACGAACUAAAAAGAGAGCUACAGCUGGAUGAGCCUCUUUAUAUCACCCCAGGUUGGCGAAAAACCCCGGUUGAAUCAUCGCAAAGGUUGAACCUUGUGUAGUUACAUGUUUAAAAGCGUAGGAAAGCAGUGAGUGCUCUUACCGAGUAGUCAUUAUGGAGACCAAGGUUGACUUGGCCAAAAAGCCAAAAUAUCUCAUGUAUUUUUCAAAACACUGGCCCCAGAGCUUGCCUAGGUUUCUGAUGUCACUCAAUAGCUUAGUAUUUGCUUCCUUUUUCAUUUAAGGUCAUCUCCCUACCACUAUUUUGUUGUAAUGAAAUUUUUAAUUUUUUUGUCGCCUUUAUAGCCCAUAGUUUCAGAAUUUUGAUCAGCAGAAAGGUUGAUCCAAAUCAGUCCCGAGGAAAAAUACACCUCAGUGCAGACAAAUUAAAUGCUUUCGAGAAACACGAAUAUACCGUGUGUAGCGUUUUUUAAGAUGAUCAAGGUGGGCUAAAAAUCAAGUAGGGUGAAGAGGCCUGAUAAUACCUCCCUAUCUUAUUUUCGUGACAGGACGAAAAAAUCUUUCCUAGUUGCUCUUUCUUUCUGAGAUAUGAGGAAAACCAAUUCACUCCACUUGUUAGUUUUACUGACGGCUGCUUUCCAUCCUUUGAUAGGCGUUAAUGCACUUGCUGUGGUGUUACCCUUGGUAAUCAUUUUAAUCGCUGUCGUUGCACUGGGUGUAUUCUUUUACUGGAAAAGGUGAGGAAAAAAAACUACUUGACGGGAAGACAUACCAUGUCUAACAAAUGUAAAAAUUAUAUAUCAUGUUACCAAAAAAAAUUGGGCCGGGUUAAUUUAAUAAAAUACACUUAGAUAUUCGAAUGAUAUUAACAUAUCAUGAAGAUGAAACCCUUCCUUUUGCUCUUCUCCUUUGAUGUGAACCAUUAAACUUGUUUUUAAAUAGGAGAGGUCAAAAGAAUGUGGACAUAAACACGGUUGCAUUUCAGACGUGAGUACAAAUCACAUUUCGUUUUUUUUGUUUCUUUCUUUGUAAAGACAAACGCCUAAGCCAAAUACAUUUUAGUGCACUGGCCCACCGACCAUUAAUUUAAUUGUUGUAUUCCAGAUCUUUUUAGGACAUUGGUCUUUACAAAAGUGUAUUGAUCAAGUCAUCUUAUGAUACCCACCCAGAUCACUAACUGCAUAAUAUUUAAUAUGCAAGUCAUGAUUUUUUAGUCAUCAUGUUUUACUCCUCAAACGAAUACUGCUGCUGAUUGAUUUGGUAUUCUGUCAGUUGUAAACCUGCUUUUUAUAGAGACGUCAUCUCGGUUAUUCACCUACGCUAUCCACCCUUUUUUCUGCUUUGCAGGGGAACCAAUGAAUUAAACUAUGCAGUGAACAAAAUAUACGAUGAUCGGUAAAUAUCUAAUUUAAAAAAACUGAGAAUUGUGGCAUUCUAGUAGAAAUGUUUCCUCUGGUCCUUCCUGCUAUACACUCGAUUGCAUAACCGUUGACACUUAAAAGACAAUCAACGAUGAGACCCAAAAGCUUUAUGGGUACAUAAAAACAUGAACGACAUUGUUUCGCACGUGGUAUACGAUAGAAGCCACACACACUUUCCUGACAGAAAACAAUUAUCAUGCACAGACGUUUGCCAUGAAUCAUGGAAACUAUGUAACAUUUCUUAACAAUCCCUGGCUCAGUUGUUGACUAAUGGUAGAUUUUCUACAGAGUUUGCAUAACGUAACGAGCGACCUAUCAGUAUUUCUUUUAGUGUUGAUCUUCAUCACGCUUUAACGUAUUAAUAAUGGUGAAUUAUUCACUCGUCAGAAAGUUGACAGACAUAAUAAAUCCACUGAUUUCUCUCAAUAUAAGAAAAGUCUUAAAUGUGGUCAGAUGUUUAUUGUAAGAGCAAAUAAACGAUGGAGCAUGCUUAAUAGUCUUCAUGUGGACCUCAAACGGAGCUCUAAUGCUUAAAAUUCUAAGCGUUGACUUCUUAAAUCAAAUAUAAUAAAUCAAAUUCCUAUGCAAUCACUCAUGUAAAUUAAUUCUAAAUAAUUUUGAAUAGUCAAAUUUUAAUGAAAUUAUUUCUACCAUUAGUUUUAUUUUCUUUGAUGUUCAUAGCUUUAUAUUAUAUUUCUAGUAAAUGUUUAUCAUUCUUACAAUUACCAUUAUUCUCUUAUUCCAAUUUUCAUUCAUUCAGAGGGUCAUGAGUUCAUCGGUUUAAUUAUUGUCAAAUGUAUCACUCGUUGAAUGACGUCCACUACUUCUAUUUCAUUAAAUAAGUAGACUCCAAGUUACCGGAAAUCUGUUUAUUGAUGAAUCUCAGAUGACGUUAAAAUGUGGUAACUCAUGCUUUUUGCUACUAAAUUUGACUUCUAUUUUGUCUUGAUGGACAAUUUCGAGCCAAUAUGGUUUUCCGUUAUUGAUCUAUCUCCGGUUGUCCGAGGAGUAGAUAACGCUAAACGCAAGGUAAAUCUCUUUCUGGUGGAUGGUGCGGUACAUUUUGUCGUCACUUAUCCGUUGGAUAGCGAUUCAUCCGUUGGAUACCGUUACCACCUCCUGAACAACUAUGCCCUGAUCCAAAUAACAAUUUGUUUUUUACCUGAUUUCCUUCUUUCGCUUCAGUAAAUCAUCCGGUUACCAACUCCUCAGCGAAGAACACUUAAAUUGAUGAGAAUAGGUAAUUUUACUCGUAACAAUAGUGCGCAUUUCGAUCGAGAGUCGUAAAACAAAAGCGAACUAAGUAAUACAAUAGCCAAUCAGAGCAAAGGAAAAUAUCACAGGCAACCCAGGACAACUCAAAGUAAACAGGCGAACUGCCCGAGACGUGAGAAUUUGGUAUGUUAGGAAAGGGGCGCAACCGAGGUAAACCCGAGUUAAUUCCGAUACUCACCUGGAUAUUUUUUAGUCUAUUACACGGAAGACUUAGAAGUCCCAGAACUGCAUUCGUGGAGAUAUAUCAAAGCUUUAAUUGUUAACAGUGUUAUAUUUUUUUUCUCUGAUAGGGAUGCGGUGGUGCCUGACUGAAACUGAAAAACUUAAGCAGCAAGGAUAUGUUUUAGCCUGUUAGUGUUUUAAAAAAAUUUUAAAAACAAAAACAAAAAAAAUCCUCUGAGGAUUCUAAUCAUUUCUCGAAUAACAGUCGAAAGUAACAGGUACCGUUUUUCUUUAUAGUUAGAGGAGAAUUAGUUAGGUAGCCAGUUUUUGAAUGUGCAAGUUUCUUCGCUAAAAAGAUGGUCAAUUUUAGUUUGUUGCUAUCUGAACGAUGCAAGUUUAUUGCAGUGGAUGAUUACUGGCUCAUGGAGCAUUUAUCGAUUGAGUGUCGUAAGCCGAAAACCAAAGUUAUCACAACAACCAAUCAGAGGAUUAGAAAAUACCUUUAAAAACCAAAGAGAACUAGAACUAAAACCAAGCAAACUGCCCAAAGUGUGGGAAAACGCGGAUGACCAAGUCGUGAUUGGCUUUAGUUUUGCAUCUGAUUGGUUGAGAGAGUGGCGCGAGUUCUUUGGAACCAAUCAUAGAGCAGAGUGAGGCAAAUCCAAAGUAAUACCUGAUUACUUUCGACACUCCAUUAAAAACCGCCCUGUUUUGAAAAGUACACAACCAAAAACUCGUUGUUCAACUGAAAAAAUGACUCGCAAGCAUUCAAUAAACCCACAUUUUAGACUACUGGAUGAAUAUCAAAAAAUGUUUAUCUUGAUUUAAUUUUUUGCCCUAAUGUGGAUAUGAUUUAUGGAAAAAUACUUCUAUCAGUCUUAAUAGUUGUGAACGGUUUCAGAGAGCGUAUUCAUAACCGUAUAUACACUCAAUUACAAUUUACCUUGGUAAUAAAAGUAAUCUAAUAUCUUACUAGAAAAAGUCUCUUACUUUCCAAAUAUAUCAGUUUGACAACAUGUCUAUGUUACUAGAAUCCAAAACUCCUCUCCAUUACAAAGGUGAUAUCCAAGGUUGCUCUUUCUACCAGUAAGAGAUUGUUAAAGGAAGGUUUUACAAACAAACGAAAUGAAUCAUUUUUUAUAUGC